AUGCCUUGCGCUCGCCGUGCGCUGUGCGCCGCUGCGGCGGCGGCCGCGGCGUGCUGGGCCGCCGCCGCCUUCGUGAUCCCUGGCGGCCUGGCCUCCCGCGCGGGAGCCCUGCCCGCGGGUCGCGCCGGCGCCGCGCGGGAGCCCGAGGCCUCGGGCUUCGGCGCGGCCGCCGCGGUCGCGUUCAUCGGCGCGCACGCUGGGCUCGCGGCGGCCGUCUACGGCCGCUCCGCCAGGAGGGCCGAGGGCAAGUACUCCGAGUCCGCGGUCGACGCCAAGCUCUUCGAGCAGGUGUACCUGGACUACACCACCGAGUACCUCAAGGGCCCCAUGUACGCGCACAGGGAGAAGGCGCAGGGCGCCCGCCCCGACUAUCCCGGCAACCCGCUCUACAAGAACGGCAAGAUGACGAGCAACGUCACGGGCAACCUGAAAACGUUCAGCUCCAAUGAGCUCAUGUACCUGUCCAUGCUGUUCUUCGGCAUCGGCCUGUACGGCAACCUUCAGUUCCUGUACUUCGACCCUCAGUUCCCCAGGGUCGACUCUGGCCUCAACUUCAACGUGUCCUACAUCGUGGAGUCCCUCUUCCUGCCGAUGUCCUUCUUCUUCCACAUCGCGUGCUACAUCCAGCGGAAGAACGGCAAGUGA